CUGAAUUAAGAAUAUUUUAUAGGAGUCCGAGUGCUGAGACCACCAGCUCUUGGAGAAUGAAGAUUUGACUACGAGGCCAUGGCUAACCAUCUGAAGUUCAUUGCCAGGACUGUGAUGGUUCAGGACGGGAAUGUGGAAGGUGCUUACAGGACCCUGAGCAGGAUCCUCAGCAGCGAUGGGCUCACGGAAGCCAUAAAGCACCGACGCUUUUAUGAGAAACCCUUUCGCCGCCGCCAGCGGGAGAGCUAUGAAUCAUGUCGAAGAAUCUACAGCAUGGAAAUGGCUCGAAAGAUCAACUUCGUGAUGCGAAAGAACCGCGCAGAUCCAUGGCUUGGCUGCUAAUGCCUGUGGUCACAUCAAUCCUAUGUUCAGCUCUUUUCUUUAUCCAAUCCCAAUUUCUGUUAUAUUUUUCACAAUAAACUCAGUCACAGGUGAAAAAAAAAAGAA